GGUAUUAAGAUGGCAGCGACGGUGUUAAGACUCCGGGGACCUCUACGAUUUUGCAGUGCACAGGGAGUAAGAUCGGCAUGUCAGCCUGCAGAAUAUAAAAGAUGUAUUUAUACAACUGCUCCAAAGCUGAAAAAUCUGUAUUGGAAUGACAAAUACAAUGAGGGAGAAGAAGUGUUUGAAAAGAUCCUUAUUGCCAAUCGUGGAGAGAUAGCAUGCCGGGUUAUCCACAGUUGUAAGCGUCUCGGUAUUAAAACGGUGGCAGUCCACAGUGAGGCUGAUUCAUUGUCACUUCAUACUCGCCUGGCAGAUGAAGCGAUAUGUGUCGGUCCUGCUCCAACUAGCCAGAGCUAUCUAAACAUGGACGCUAUUCUCAAGGCUGUCAAGGAUACUGGGGCCCAGGCAGUGCAUCCCGGUUAUGGUUUCUUGUCAGAAAAUACAGUUUUUGCUGCUAAAUUGGCAGACAUAGGGGUGGAGUUUAUAGGGCCCAGUAGCAACUCCAUCAAGGCCAUGGGGGACAAGAUUGAGAGUAAACGAAUCGCCAGUAAGGCCAAGGUCAACAUGAUCCCCGGACAUGAUGGAGUCGUAGAAGAUGCAGAUCACUGUGUCAAGCUGGCCAACGAGAUUGGAUACCCUGUCAUGAUCAAGGCUUCUGCAGGUGGUGGUGGGAAAGGAAUGAGGAUUGCGUGGAAUGACAAGGAGGCUAGGGAUUCUUACCGCUUGUCCAAACAGGAGGCAGCGUCCAGCUUUGGAGAUGACAGAAUGUUGAUCGAGAAGUACAUUGACAAUCCCAGACACAUUGAAAUGCAGGUACUGUGUGAUAAACAUGGAAAUGCUCUGUGGUUGAAUGAAAGAGAAUGCUCAAUUCAGAGGAGAAACCAGAAAGUGAUUGAAGAGGCCCCAAGCACCUUUGUGGACCCUGACAUGAGGAGGAGGAUGGGGGAGCAGGCCACAGCCCUCGCUAAACAAGUCCAGUACUCCUCAGCAGGUACUGUGGAAUUCCUGGUGGAUUCUCAGAAGAAUUUUUAUUUCCUGGAGAUGAACACACGUUUACAAGUGGAACACCCCAUCACCGAGUGUAUCACUGGCAUUGACAUAGUCCAUCAGAUGAUCCGCUCAGCUAAAGGUCAUAAACUGCUUUAUUCUCAAUCCGACAUUCCAAUUGAUGGAUGGUCCUUUGAAUGCAGAGUGUAUGCAGAGGAUCCUUACAAGAGUUUUGGAAUGCCUUCUAUUGGAAGACUCGAGAAAUAUAUUGAGCCAUCUCACAUUGACCAAGUACGAUGUGACAGUGGAAUUCAAGAAGGCAGCGAGAUCAGUGUGUACUAUGACCCAAUGAUAUGCAAGUUGGUUACAUAUGGCAGUAACAGACAAGAAGCGCUGGAUGUCAUGGUCAAAGCCCUGGACUCCUAUGUCAUUAAAGGCGUCACUCACAACAUUCCGUUACUGAGGGACAUUGUGACGGAGGAGAGGUUUGUGGCAGGGAACAUCAGUACCAAUUAUCUCCCUACUGUCUACCCUGAUGGGUUCAAAGGUCGGAUGUUGUCUGCUUCAGAGAGUGUUGACCUGGUUGCCAUGGCAGCAGUGAUGUAUAUCAAAGAUAAACUUGUCUCAAGGAGUUUUAAAAAUCAAUCAAGAAUACCUCUCUCACUCAAUCAACCUAAGAGCUGGUCUCUGAAUGUUUCUCUGAAUGAAGAAAACUACCCCCUUCAAGUCAGCUUAGCUGGAGAUGAAGUUGUUGUGGAAUCUCAAGACCAGAAAAUGAAUAUUCCUUUUGACCUGGACACCUCCUCCCCACUCAUCAAUAUGAAAAUUAACGGUCAAAACAAACUCUUCCAGUUGUCAAAAAGAAUUGGAGCAGGCCUGUACAAACUGAGAUUCUUUGGAACAGUGUAUGAGGUGAGGGUGCUGGAACAGUUUGCCAGUGAGAUGUCCAAACUUAUGCCUGUCAAACAGGAAGUGGACAUGUCCUCCCUGAUCCUCGCCCCUAUGCCUGGAGUCCUCAAGUCGGUGGCUGUCAAACCAGGGGACAUGGUGGCCGAGGGACAAGAGGUCUGUAUCCUGGAAGCAAUGAAGAUGCAGAACAGCAUGACCUCCGCACGGGUCGCUAAAGUAAAGAAAGUCAACUUUCAACAAGGCCAGACAGUAGAUGAGGGGGAUGUGAUUGUAGAGUUUGAGUGAACAGUUGAAAAACGAAACACGGGUGUGAUUUUGACUUAAUCAUUGCAGCAUGCUUAUGAAAAAGACAUUGUGCUGAUAGUCCUGGGGAAGAAUAGUGCUUUAAGAACAAUAUUUACAUGUACACCAGCUGCCAAUUUUAUCCUAAUCUUCUGCAUAUCUAUAUAUUCACUUUACAGCUUCUUUAUUAAGGGGUGUGGAUAGGGAAUCUGCAUAUCUUUAUAAAUGCAUGUACAUACAUGUAUAAGUAUUACCAUUUAGAACGGACUAUUUGCCUUACCCUUGAAAGUAUGCAUUUUUGGCUGCAUUUUGUAAAAUUUGAUAAUUGAUCAAUACAUAUAUAUUGCUUUACACACACAAUCUUACAUAAUUAUUAGGUGCCAAAUAAAGCCCACAUAAUUAUGCAAAUUGCAAAAAAACUGCAAUAUUUCAUUGUUUGGAAGAAUUUUAGCAAAAGGACUUUGACAGUAUUAGAUUAACUGACUGUAUGCUGGUUGUGGCAUGCUGUAUUAUGGUAUAUAUGCAAGACUUUUUACUGUCUUCACUCCUGAUUGUGGCAAAGUUACCUCAGAUUAUGACUCAAUUUUACCUGUACCCCAUUGUGAAUAAACAUGACCUUCUUUGUUCCUGUGAAAUACAUGUAGUAAAGUAUAUUAUGGUAUUUGUGAAUGUGAUAGUACAUGUUUUUAAUACGUACAGAUUAUGUUUUUGUUUUUACAUGAAUUAGUUUUUUUUUUGGAUCCAAUAUUUUCAUUCAAGGCUAGAGGAUAUUUAAUAUCAGAAAAUAUAUUUCAUGUUUAUUUUUAAGAAUUGGCAUAUAUAAGCAGCAGGUUCAAUUUUAAUAUCUACAUGUACAUACCAGAUUACAAGUAAAUGUACUUAUAAUCCUUGUUAAAGAUAGAAUUGUAAACUAGGAUUUAAGUUCACAUUGAAAGAUCAAACUUGUAAUGAAUAGAAAAAUGAUCCAUACACCUUGUUAGAACUCUAACUUAGCACCUUGAUCAACUAAUGGCAUUUAGAUGUGAUAGAAAAUUAAGGCAUUUGCAUGUGACAUAAAAGAAAGUAAAGAUUCAGAUUUAAAAGGUAUAUGAUAUGAGAGUGUAAAGAUGUAAAGGAUAUAUUAAAGAACAAUAGUAACAUAUUUACAGUGGCAUUUCAUCGUUCAUAUAGUACAUGUAUCUAAUAACAUUUCAGUCCCUUAGAUUUAGAACAGAAUGUGAAGUUUACAGGUUUUGUUUGAGAAAAAUAGCAGUCUGAUCAUGUAUCUAUAAAUUUGGCAUGUACAAUUAUGAUUUUAUGAUAUAUGAGUAACAGAACCCAUUUCUUAAAAAACUAUAGAUGUACAAAUAACUGGAUGUAAUCUUGUUUAUUAGGAGAGAUGUAUGCAUUUAUUAGAGUGUCAAAAGCUUCUUAGCUUACAUGUAUUAUCUGCAGAACUGAAAGAUUAACAGCAAAGGUGCAUUUGUUUUUUGUUGUGGUUUUUUGAAUCCCAUAUUUAUACCUGUUUUAUUCUAAAUAAAUGAGAAUUAUUUGAUUGUA